CUGCCAGAAUGUUCAAAAUACCCCUUACUUUGUUGGCACACGGCUUGCCAUUACCAAAGGUGUUCCAGUAAUUUGACCAACAUACUGUUGCCGUAAGCAUGUACAGGUAUCCCUUCACGUAAGUACCCACGGGAAUUUGCAAGGUGGAGAAAACAAGAAUGCUCAAUGCAGUAUAAGCCUCUCAGACUCGAAGGUUGAUCAAGAGGGCUUCCUCCGGCAGAAGCUUCUGCUUUCAGGCAUAUAACUGCAGCUCGCUAGGUGAUUAUGGGUAUGAUUCGACAGUAGUGGCGAUGGUACUUUUUCCAUCCUUUCUUGAUGGGCUGACCCGAUCUGAAUCCCUCAAGAAAGGCAAGAAUUAUGAGAAUGAUGUUGGAAGGGAAACUGCGAAAACAAUAGCAAAGGAAGCCAGGAAGAAUGAGUUGAUAUUGAGUUCUUCUGGCACCGUUAAGUCCAACAAAUCCAACAACUUUGCAUCAGUAUGCUCUAAGAGAGGGAAGAAGGGAAUAAAUCAGGACUGCUUAAUUGUUUGGGAGGAGUUUGGAUGUCAAGAAGACAUGAUCUUUUGUGGGAUUUUUGAUGGGCAUGGCCCAUGGGGACACCUUGUAUCCAAAAGGGUCAGGAAAUCAGUGCCUACUUCUUUGCUGUGCAAUUGGCAAGAAUCUAUAGCUUCGACCUCACUGGACCUGGAUCCUAAAAUAGAAGUGGAUAGAAAUCUUAAUCGGUUCAAUAUAUGGAAGCAAUCCUACUUAAAAACUUAUGCUGCCGUUGACCAGGAGCUUAAGCAUCAUCCCCGAAUCGAUUCUUUUCAUAGUGGUACUACAGCUCUGACGAUUGUUAAACAGGGGGAAAACCUUGUCAUUGCAAACGUUGGAGAUUCUAGGGCUGUAUUGGCAACUUCCGAUGAUGCUGGCCAUUUGGUACCACUUCAGCUUAGCAUUGACUUCAAGCCCAAUUUACCUCAGGAGGCUGAGCGAAUAGCAGAUUUCAAGGGACGAGUCUUUUGCUUACAAGAUGAACCUGGAGUGUACAGGAUCUGGAAGCCUAAUAGUCAGACAACAGGACUAGCGCUAUCAAGAGCUUUGGGUGACUACUGCCUAAAGGACUUUGGGCUUAUUUCUGUGCCAGAUGUGACACAGAGGAAUAUAACCAGCAGAGACAAAUUUGUCAUCUUGGCAACAGAUGGGAUAUGGGAUGUUAUUUCCAACCAAGAAGCUGUACAAAUUGUGUCUUCAACACCUGAUAGGGAAAAAUCAGCAAAAAGGCUUGUGGAGUGCGCUGUCCGUGGAUGGAAACACAAGAAGCGAGGCAUUGCGAUGGAUGACAUCUCAGCUAUUUGCCUCUUCUUUCACACUCCAUCCCCUCAACCAAUCCCCGAUGUGCAUGUCUCAAAAUGAUUGCUUAUUUCCCUUGUCUUAGCAGUGAUCAUCAAAAUUGUCGAACGUCAAAUAAUCAGGUUGCAUGGGCCCUUGUCCUCCAAAUGUAAUCUUUGUACUAAAUCUGUCGACUGUCAUGAAUACAGAGUUUGAACUGUCCAA